UUGAGGCAUUUCAGACAUGGUCGGAGCGCUUCAAAACACACGUUGCCUCUUUCUCCCGUGGGCGCCGCGGGGGCGGACGCGCGUGGGAGCGCGCGCGUGGGUGCGCCUCGCGAGAAGGAGACGCUGCCGGAAAGAAAAGGAGCGAGAGAGCGAGGAGGGGGAGCAUUCCUGAAUGGAAGCCUCGCCGGCGAGCAGGCUGCCCCCGACGCCGGGAUGCGCGCUCCGGGGUUGCCGACCUGGGUGGUCUCUCGACUUUGGUGAGCUGUUGCUAAGCAGCUAAUAAUAGUCAUGUUUGCUGAGUAAUUUCUGCCCUCCGCGAGCCAAUCGCGUCGCAGAAACCCAGGCCAUCUGACAGCCUCGGGGGCGGGCGCUCCAGCCUUUUUCUCUCGCUCGCUCGCUCCCCCUCCACCCCCUCCCCUCCUCCUCCUCUUUCUCCAAAUGGAGAGAGUUCUUUUUUUUCUCCUUCCAUCUCAUCUAUUGAAUCAAGGAGCCGCUGCGGCCGCUGCCCGCCGCACACACACACAGCGGAGUCCCCAGGUCCCGGGAGCAGGAGAGGCGCGCUGCGCGGGGGCAGAAUGGUGCAGCGGAUCGGCGGGGAGCACAAGAAGACAGAGUCCGGGACCGAGCAGCCACCGCGAGCCCAGCAGCCAGAGCCCGAGCAGCAGCAGCAGCAGCUUCAGGAACCGCCACCGCCAGCAGCAGCAGCAGCGGCGGCGCCGGCCCCGGCCCGGCAGCGCUGAGACCCGCCGGGCACCCUCGGACCCCGCGGCGGCGGCCGCUCGCGCAAGCCGGGAGGCGCCGAGAGCCCCGGCGUGGCCGGCGGGAGCGGCGGGGAUUCGCUUGCGCUUUCUGCCGUGAAGGGGUCGCGGCGCGGGGCGGGGGGCGGCUAGGGGGAGCUGGGGACAGCGAGGAGCGCCGCGGCAGCGCCCCAAGGACAGGCUCGCUCCGCGCGCCGGCGGCUCUCGCCUCCCGCGAACUGGAUGUGGGCAGCGGCGGCCGCAGAGACCUCGGGACCCCCGCGCAAUGUGGCAAUGGAAGGCGCAGCAGGGUCUGACUCCCCGGCAGCCGCAGCGGCCGCAGCGGCAGCAGCGCCCGCCGUGUGAGCAGCAGCGGAGGCAGCAGCAGCAGCAGCAGCGACAGAAGCAGGUCUGUCAACCGGAGCCCGAGACCGAGCAGCCGGCGGCCAGCAGCGUCCUCGCGAGCCGAGCGCCUGGGCGCGCCGGACCGCCCGGGAAGCCUCGGUGCCCGCGGCGGCGGCGGCGGCGGCAACAUGGCCUCGGCUGGUAACGCCGCCGAGCCUCAGGACCGCGGCGGCGGCGGCGGCGGGGCCCUGGGCCGGCCGGCCGGCGGCGGGAGGCGUAGACGGAUCGGGGGGCUGCGCCGCGCCGCCGCGCCGGACCGGGACUAUCUGCACCGGCCCAGCUACUGCGACGCCGCCUUCGCUCUCGAGCAGAUUUCCAAGGGGAAGGCUACUGGCCGGAAAGCGCCGCUGUGGCUGAGAGCGAAGUUUCAGAGACUCUUAUUUAAACUGGGUUGUUACAUUCAAAAAAACUGCGGCAAGUUCUUGGUGGUGGGCCUCCUCAUUUUCGGGGCCUUCGCGGUGGGAUUAAAGGCAGCUAACCUCGAGACCAACGUGGAGGAGCUCUGGGUGGAAGUUGGUGGACGAGUGAGUCGUGAAUUAAAUUAUACUCGCCAGAAGAUUGGGGAAGAGGCUAUGUUCAAUCCUCAACUCAUGAUCCAGACCCCGAAAGAAGAAGGUGCUGAUGUCCUGACCACAGAAGCACUCCUUCAACACCUGGACUCGGCGCUCCAGGCCAGCCGAGUCCACGUCUACAUGUACAACAGGCAGUGGAAAUUGGAACAUUUGUGUUACAAAUCAGGAGAACUGAUCACAGAGACAGGUUACAUGGAUCAGAUAAUAGAAUACCUUUACCCGUGUUUAAUUAUUACACCUCUGGAUUGCUUCUGGGAAGGUGCUAAGCUCCAGUCCGGGACGGCUUACCUCCUGGGGAAACCUCCUUUGCGGUGGACAAAUUUUGACCCUUUGGAAUUCCUGGAAGAGUUAAAGAAGAUCAACUAUCAAGUGGACAGCUGGGAGGAGAUGCUGAACAAGGCUGACGUCGGCCGUGGGUAUAUGGAUCGACCCUGCCUCAAUCCAGCAGACCCAGACUGCCCGGCCACAGCCCCCAACAAAAACUCAACCAAACCGCUCGAUAUGGCCCUUGUUUUGAAUGGUGGGUGUCAUGGAUUAUCCCGCAAGUAUAUGCACUGGCAGGAGGAGUUGAUUGUGGGUGGUACAGUCCGAAACAGCAGUGGAAAGCUUGUCAGCGCCCACGCCCUGCAAACCAUGUUCCAGCUAAUGACGCCCAAGCAAAUGUACGAGCACUUCAAGGGCUACGAAUACGUCUCUCACAUCAACUGGAACGAGGACAAGGCGGCAGCCAUCCUGGAGGCCUGGCAGAGGACAUAUGUGGAGGUGGUCCAUCAGAGCGUUUCCGCCAACUCCACGCAGAAGGUGCUGUCUUUUACCACCACCACACUGGACGACAUCCUCAAGUCGUUCUCCGACGUCAGCGUCAUCCGCGUAGCCAGCGGCUACCUACUCAUGCUUGCCUACGCCUGUUUAACCAUGCUACGCUGGGACUGCUCCAAGUCUCAGGGGGCCGUGGGGCUGGCUGGCGUCCUGUUGGUGGCCCUGUCCGUGGCUGCAGGCUUGGGCCUGUGCUCCUUGAUUGGGAUCUCCUUUAAUGCUGCAACAACUCAGGUCUUGCCAUUCCUCGCCCUCGGAGUCGGCGUGGACGACGUCUUCCUUCUGGCCCACGCGUUCAGUGAGACGGGGCAGAACAAAAGAAUCCCGUUUGAGGACCGGACCGGGGAGUGCCUCAAGCGCACGGGCGCCAGCGUGGCGCUCACAUCCAUCAGCAACGUCACCGCCUUCUUCAUGGCCGCGCUAAUCCCAAUUCCCGCUCUGCGAGCCUUCUCGCUCCAGGCUGCAGUGGUGGUGGUCUUCAAUUUCGCCAUGGUCCUGCUCAUCUUCCCUGCAAUCCUCAGCAUGGAUCUGUAUCGCCGGGAAGACAGGAGACUGGACAUUUUCUGCUGUUUCACAAGCCCCUGCGUCAGCAGAGUGAUUCAGGUGGAGCCGCAGGCCUACACCGAGGCCCACGACAGCACGCGCUACAGCCCCCCGCCACCCUAUAGCAGCCACAGCUUCGCCCACGAAACGCAGAUCACCAUGCAGUCCACCGUCCAGCUCCGCACCGAGUACGACCCCCACACGCACGUGUACUACACCACGGCCGAGCCGCGCUCCGAGAUUUCUGUGCAGCCUGUCACUGUGACCCAGGACACCCUGAGCUGCCAGAGCCCGGAGAGCACUAGCUCCACGAGGGACCUGCUCUCCCAGUUCUCCGACUCCAGCCUCCACUGCCUCGAGCCCCCCUGCACCAAGUGGACGCUCUCGUCUUUCGCGGAGAAGCACUACGCGCCCUUCCUCCUGAAGCCCAAAGCCAAGGUCGUGGUGAUCUUCCUUUUCCUGGGCCUGCUGGGGGUCAGCCUGUACGGGACCACCCGAGUGAGGGACGGGCUGGACCUCACAGACAUCGUCCCUCGGGAGACCAGAGAGUACGACUUCAUCGCCGCGCAGUUCAAAUACUUCUCUUUCUACAACAUGUACGUGGUCACGCAGAAGGCCGACUACCCGAACAUCCAGCACUUGCUGUACGACCUGCACAAGAGCUUCAGUAACGUGAAGUACAUCAUGUUGGAGGAGAACAAGCAGCUUCCCAAAAUGUGGCUGCAUUACUUCAGGGACUGGCUGCAGGGGCUCCAGGAUGCGUUCGACAGUGACUGGGAAACAGGCAGAAUCAUGCCGAACAAUUACAAAAACGGAUCGGACGACGGGGUUCUGGCCUACAAGCUCCUGGUGCAGACUGGCAGCCGCGAGAAGCCCAUCGACAUCAGUCAGUUGACGAAACAGCGGCUGGUGGACGCCGAUGGCAUCAUCAACCCCAGCGCUUUCUACAUCUACCUGACGGCCUGGGUCAGCAACGACCCCGUGGCGUACGCCGCCUCCCAGGCCAACAUCCGGCCGCACCGGCCCGAGUGGGUGCACGACAAAGCCGACUACAUGCCAGAAACCAGGCUGAGAAUCCCUGCCGCGGAACCGAUCGAGUACGCCCAGUUCCCUUUCUACCUCAACGGCUUGCGAGACACCUCCGACUUUGUGGAAGCGAUCGAGAAAGUGCGAGCCAUUUGCAACAACUACACGAGCCUGGGCCUGUCCAGCUACCCCAACGGCUACCCCUUCCUCUUCUGGGAGCAGUACAUCGGGCUGCGCCACUGGCUGCUGCUGUCCAUCAGCGUGGUGUUGGCCUGCACGUUCCUCGUGUGCGCCGUCUUCCUCCUGAACCCCUGGACAGCCGGGAUCAUUGUGAUGGUCCUGGCCUUGAUGACAGUCGAGCUCUUUGGCAUGAUGGGACUCAUCGGCAUCAAGCUGAGCGCCGUGCCCGUGGUCAUCCUGAUCGCGUCUGUCGGCAUAGGAGUGGAAUUCACCGUUCACGUUGCUUUGGCCUUCCUGACCGCCAUCGGGGACAAGAACCGCCGGGCUGUGCUUGCCCUGGAGCACAUGUUCGCGCCGGUCCUGGACGGCGCCGUGUCCACUCUGCUGGGGGUGCUGAUGCUGGCGGGGUCGGAGUUUGAUUUCAUUGUCAGGUAUUUCUUUGCUGUUCUGGCCAUCCUGACGAUCCUGGGCGUUCUCAACGGACUGGUCUUGCUGCCAGUCCUCUUGUCUUUCUUUGGACCAUAUCCUGAGGUGUCUCCCGCCAACGGUCUUCACCGACUGCCCACCCCUUCCCCUGAGCCACCCCCUGGCGUGGUCCGGUUUGCCGUGCCCCCCAGCCACACCAACAACUCCGACUCCUCUGACUCGGAAUACAGCUCCCAGACGACCGUGUCGGGUCUCAGCGAGGAGCUUCGGCACUACGAGGCUGAGCGGGGCGCUGGGGGCCCCGCCCACCAGGUGAUCGUGGAAGCCACGGAAAACCCAGUCUUCGCCCGCUCCACGGUGGUCCAUCCCGAAGCGCGACAUCACCAUCACCCGCCAUUCAACCCUCGACAGCAGCCCCACCUGGACUCAGGGCCCCUGUCCCCCGGCCGGCAGAGCCAGCAACCCCGCAGGGAUGCCCCCAGAGAGGGCUUGCGGCCGCCCCCCUACAGACCGCGCAGAGACGCUUUUGAAGUUUCUACUGAAGGGCACGCUGGCCCCAGCCACAGGGACCGCUCGGGCCCCCGCGGGGCGCGCCCUCACCACCCCGGGAACACGGCGAGUGCUGCGGGGGCCGGCAGCGUGCCGGGCUACCGCCAGCCCAUCACCACUGUGACGGCGUCUGCUUCCGUGACUGUGGCCGUGCACCCCCCACCCGUGCCGGGGCCCGGACCGGGGCGGAACCCCCGAGGGGGCCUCUGCCCUGGCUACGAGGGCUACCCAGAGACUGACCACGGGCUGUUCGAGGAUCCCCACGUGCCUUUCCACGUCCACUGUGAGAGGAGGGACUCCAAGGUGGAGGUCAUAGAGCUACAGGACGUGGAGUGUGAGGAGCAGCCCCGGGGAGGCAGCUCCAACUGAGGGUCGUUAAAAUCUGAAGCAAAGAGGCCAAAGAUUGGAAGCCCCACCCCCACCUCUUUCCAGAACUGCCUGGAGCCGCGGGAAGGAGAAGCCGCGAGGGCCAGACAGCAGUUCACUGUUACUGUAACCGAUUGUAUUAUGUUGUGAAAUAUUUCUAUAAAUAUUUAAGAGGUGUACACAUGUAAUAUAGGACAGAGCGUGUAAAGUGGCGCCAUCUGGGGUUUCUCCCUUCCUGCCCCUGGGGCGGGGGCGGGGCCGGGGAGGGGGCGAGGCCACAGCGGGCCCCUCCCUGUUUGUGCGUCGGUCCCUGUGCCACAACCAAGCUUAACCUAGUCUUCAAUUUCCAGCAUGUUGCUGCUGCUUAAAUAUUGUAUAAUUUACCUGUAUAAUUCUAUGCAAAUAUUGCUUAUGUAAUAGGAUUAUUUUGUAAAGGUUCCUGUUUAAAAUAUUUUAAAUUUGCAUAUCACAACCCUGUGGUAGUAUCAAAUGUUACUGUUAACUUUCAGACACGCUAUGCGUGGUAACGUUUUGUCAUUUGAUGAGCAGAUAUGAAGAAAGCAUGUCAAAUCCAGCAGCUUCUCCAGGGGUGGUGUGUGCGGUCUCCCGAUGUACUGUACUGUGAGGAUUGUUGUUGUUUGUUUCUUCCCGUUUCCUGUCUGUAACCCUCAGCAGGCUCCGCCCCAUCAGCCUGCAAGAGUCAGGAACUCUUGGUUGCUUUGCGCUGGCCCAAACAUCCGCCUCCGGAGGUGCCCAGGAGAAACCAGACUCCCUUCAUGUUCGUGCCACCUCCCGAGGGCAUUGGGUGCCAUCAGCCGCCCCAGCUUGGACCGUGGUGCAAUGGAUGUUGGAACCUCGGGGUAGAGUUGACAUCCGUCCGUCUUCACUGACAUCAGAGAAUUAACUAGCGAGCCUUGACCGGGGCCAUGAGGCAGUUGGCAGUGUCGGGGCCCUCUCAGGACCCACACAGACACAUACACACACACACACAAUUUAAGAACAGAUUGCAAGGCUGGCCCUCCUCUCCAGACAGCAAAACCUACUCUGUUCAUCCGGGCCUCUCUGGAACAGAGAGGACAGCUGAGCCGGGCUUUCUGGGUCAGUUUGCACCUCUAGUAGGUAGUGAGCGUUCAGUUCAGUGACCCAGGGUCCCAAGGCCUGGAGGGUGUGAGUUCCACAGGGGCUCUUCUCUCCGUGAGUUGAUGUCGCGGGUGCACACUUGCCAAAGAGAUGGAAACUUGGGCCCCCUCCUCUCACCACUCCUGGUGUUCUUUGGGUGGGCGUUGAUUGAUCUGAGGGGUGCUAGUUGCAUGCACCCCACUGAAGGGUGGCUCUCAGCCAGGCAUCAAGAUUUGCUUCUGUAUUGAUUCUGUUCUCCUCCUCUGGGGUUUGGGUGCUCUUCAUCUUUGAGCCAGAGACCAGCAAAUGCCAGGCAAGCAAUGGGUGCUCAGCUCCCCUUCUGUCUCAACACCAAGAAAUCAGAGGGACUGGCUGAGCGCCCCCCCCCCCCCAGCCGAAGCCUAAGCUACUGUAGGCAGCGCACACACACAGCAAUUCCUGGUAGGCACCGAAAAAUCUUAAGACACGGGCCUCGGGCCCCCACUACUGCCAGCAGCAUAGUGACCUCAGACCUGAUACUCGCCACCGACCCAUAAGAUGCUGAUUGGAAGCCAACAGGGCUGCCAGGUGUGUGCACUAAUAUGCUGGGUCCCCAGCCGCCCCCUCUGCUGCUCGCUUGGUGCCCGUGUCAGCCCAAUACCCAUCUCUGCUCAGAGAACCGCAGUCCUGCAUGGAGAAGAGAGACGAUGCAAGAUUCCCAAGUCAGCUUCCCCCCCGCCCGGGGCUGGCGUGCCCUCGCCCCUUUCCUGAGCUCAGCCCGUGGGGUGCACCAGCUCAUGUGGCCCCUGAUUUCUGCACAGCAUAGAACUUUCUCCUUGAGUCACAUUGACAAAGGGAGAACUCAGGGGCUGGCCGGCAACUAGAAUUCUUGCGCUCGCUCUCUCUCUUUUUAAAGUAGUUUUAUUUUGUCUGUCUCGUUUGUUCAUUUGGAUGUUUUAAUUUUUUUAAAAAAAUCUUUGCUGAUAUUUAUAAUUUUGUAUCAUAAGAAUGUUUUCCUACAGUAUUUGUCAUGCCAGUUUAUAACAAAAAAUGCAGGGAUUUUAUUUCUAUUGGAAACACUAUUACAGCUAUGUUUUACGUUUGAACAGAAUUUUUAUUUGUAUAGAGUGCUUACUAAUGUUAAAUAGUUCAGAGUAUAUGACAUUUACAUUAAGGACUCAUGGUAGCUUUUAGAGUAAGGAGUUUAAAGGAAAUAAAUAUUCAAACUGGGUCUCAUUGUCUGCCGAUUUGGGUGGAAAUGAGUUUUGUGUCAUUUCAAUUACAAAGAUAAAAGUAUGCCAUAUAAUUUAUUUAUAUGAAAAUUUAUUUUUGUAGUGUACAUAGUAGUCAUCAAGUCUUUUGACAGAAGUAUAUUUUUAAAGAAUUUAUAUGUGAUGAAUCCAUAAUGUCUGGAACUUUGCUGAGACACGAGUGAGGCACACUUGUCAUUGUAAACCACAGCAAGCAGAAGCAAAUGUUUAACAGUGUUAAGAGAGUGAGAGCGAGUGGAGAUUCCAAGCGAUUGUGAAAUGUUGAUUAGUUCCCAUGUGUGACCUAGUGUGGUUCUCAUUUUAAACCUUGGAAGGUGAAAAUGUACAAACUCUCUAAAUAUUAAUGUUCAAACACUGAUAGAAAUUCUAACAUGAAUAAAAAAUAAUAUAACUUGUUGGUUAUGUCUUUGUUGACGGAAUGUUUCUUCUUUCAAGUAGUAUAUAGAGGCAGGCACUGUGUCCGGCCGUCGUAAACUCCAUUGUUGCAUCCUGCCAGCUUCAGAAACUCCCAAAGGCAGUGCUGUUCCUGUUACCGAAAACCUUCCUAAAAUAUCCCUCAGAAGUAGGUAGCUCUUUGGGGCUGGAAUUGUAACGCAGUGGAUUAAGCCACCACCUGCAGCACCAUCAGCCCAUAUCAGCCUGUUAGAAGAGUCCCAGCUGUUGCUCUGCUUCCAAUCCAACUUCCUUCUCAGGCACCUAGGAAGGCAGCAGAUGACAGCUGUAGUCUUUGGGCCCCUGCCAGUCACGUGGGAGACCAGGCUGGAGUUCCAGGCUGCUGGCUUUGACCUAGCCCAGCCUUUCGGGAGUGAACCAGCACAUGGGAAAUUGUGUGUAUAUAUCUCCUUCUCAUUAUGCCUUUCAAAUAAAUUUUUUUAAAAAUGUAUCCCA